UGGAAGUGGUGUUGCGAGUACACAUUAAAGCGGGAAAUAUGGCGCCUCCUCAGCCUGCUGAAGUGGGAAACGACGAUCAAAAUGAGUCUGGUGUGCGGGGAAGGUCGAAGCGUCAGAAGAUUGACAAGACAGGCAGAUCAGCUGCUUUCGAGAGACUGAGGAAGACCAAAGAGAAGGGGGAGAAGAAUAAGUAUGAGGUGGAGGAAGAGAAGGAUGUGUACGAGGUGGUGGACGAGAGUAAAUACUCGGAGAUCGUCAGACAGCGGCAGGAAGAUGACUGGAUCAUAGAUGAUGACGGAGCAGGAUAUGUGGAAGAUGGAAGAGAAAUCUUUGACGAGGAUCUGGAUGGAGAUGAGUUCACGAAAGUUGAAACUAAGAAAAAAACGGACAAGAAACACAAGAAUAUUGUGCGUCCAGGGACCAAGCCCAAGAGUGACAUCAAGAGCAUGUUUGCCGCGGCGGCAGUCACCUCCAAGAAGAAGCCGGAGAAAAAUGUGACCCUGGAGAACGAUGAGUUGCUAGGCGACCUUAUGGAGGAGCUGCAUCGAGGCCCCAACAGCAGCUCGUUCAAACCCGUGCCAGUUAAAGUUAACAAGACCAAGCCAGCCAAGCCAGCCAACCCGUUCAGCAUGGACAAGUCCUCCCCCCGCGUGAAGCCGAUCAAGUCGGUGAAACAACCACGGAACAUCAAGAGGGAGCUGUAUUCUGAGGAGGUGAAGGUCAGACAUGUGAAGGUCAAGCAGGAGCCUGUAGACGACAUGCCAGAGAUUGAGGACUAUGGAAGCAUGGACGUGGAUGACAACAAGAACGAUAUCACAGAUGUCGUGUCUCAAGACGACUCGGCUAUGGACCUGAAUGACAUUGACUUCGAUGACGAGGUGCCGGAAGUGUUGACGCCCGCAGUGAAGGAGGAGAAACCAACAGUUAAGACAGAACCUGCCACCAAUGGAGAGUUUCUGUCGACUGGUUGGGGAAGUGUUAAAAUGGAAGAGCCAAUGACAGUCACUGAUGUGCACGUCGACUCCUCCCAGUUGCCCUUGACGACCAAUGACAGUGGGGAUCAGGUGCUGCGAUUCUAUUGGCUAGAUGCUUAUGAAGAUCAUUACAAGCAGCCAGGUGUGAUUUACCUGUUUGGGAAGGUGUGGAUAGACUCGGCCAAGACGCACGUCAGCUGCUGCGUGACGGUGAAGAACAUCGAGAGACGCGUCUACUUCCUGCCUCGAGCCACGCGUGUGAAUCCGAAGACCGGAGAAGACACGGGGGACCCUGUCGCCAUGAAUGAUGUGUAUUCCGAAUUCAACGACAAAAUAUCCGAGAAACACAAGAUAAUGAAGUUCAAGUGCAUGAAAGUGACCAAACAGUAUGCCUUUGAGAAGACCGAUGUGCCCGUGGAGUCCGAGUAUUUGGAGGUCCGAUAUGCUGCCGACCUUCCGCAGCUGCCAAUGAACCUACAGGGAGAAACCUUCAGCCACGUGUUUGGCACAAACACUUCAAGUUUAGAGUUGCUGCUGUUGGACCGGAAGAUGAAGGGACCAACAUGGCUGGACUUAAAGACACCACAGCUCCCGAAUCCUCCCAUCAGCUGGUGUAAAGUUGAGGCUGUGCUGACGAGGCCUGACUACAUCACCGUGGUGAAAGACGCCUCUGUGGCUGCCCCGCCCCUGGUGGUCAUGUCCCUCAACCUACUCACCCUCCCCAACCCCAAGACCCACCAGAACGAGAUCAUCGGGGCGGCCAGUCUGCUUCACAACAACUUCCACAUGGACAAGCCAGCUCCCUCACAGCUCUUCCAGCAACACUUCUGUGCGAUAUCGAGGCCCAAUGAUUGUAUAUUCCCCUAUGACUUCAAGGACAAAGCCCAGAAAGAAAGUCGGACAAUGAAGACGGAAAUCCUCCCUAACGAGAGGGCGCUAUUGGGUUUCCUGUUGGCCAAGAUACAUAAAGUGGACCCAGACAUCAUCGUGGGUCACGAUAUCUUUGGGUUCGACAUCGACAUCUUCCUGCAUCGAAUCAAUGCCAACAAGAUUCCACACUGGUCCAAGAUAGGAAGGCUGAAGCGGACGACCAUGCCUAAACUCUCGAGUGGUCAUGGAGGACGUGGUUUCAGUGAGAAGUCUGCUGCUUGUGGGCGUUUGUUGUGUGACAUCAAAAUAUCAGCACGCGAACUACUCCGUUGCCGUAGUUACGACCUAACAGAAUUGUCUAAUCAGAUUUUGAAGCAAAAACGUGUGGAACUGGAGUUUGAUGACAUUAGAAAUAUGUACAGCUCCUCCAAACAGCUGCUGCAGCUCAUAGAGCUGUCACUGGUGGACUCCACAUACAUCCUGAGAAUCAUGUAUGAGCUGAACAUCAUUCCCCUGGCUCUACAGAUCACAACCAUCUGUGGCAACGUCAUGGCACGAACCCUGCUGGGAGGUCGCUCGGAGCGGAACGAGUUCCUGCUGCUGCAUGCUUUCCAUGACAAGAACUUCAUCCCCCCGGACAAGGAGUACAAGAAAAAAGCAGCAGCUACCGAGACUGACGAUGUGGAAGGGGAAGACAACUCAUCCAAAUCUCGGAAAGGGCGGCGGAAACCGGCAUAUGCUGGUGGCCUGGUCUUGGAACCCAAGAAAGGGUUCUAUGACAAGUUCAUCCUGCUGCUGGACUUCAACAGUCUGUACCCCUCCAUCAUCCAGGAGUACAACAUCUGCUUCACCACCAUCACCAGGACCCCCGUCGUCAAGAAGGAACACACGGAAGAAGAUGAGGAAGAAGCACUGCCAGACCUCCCUGACCCUGACCUUGAACCUGGCAUCCUGCCAACAGAGAUCCGGAAGUUGGUGGAGAGCAGACGUCAAGUGAAGCAGCUGAUGAAGACGCCUGAUCUUGCUCCGGAACAGUACAUGCAGUACGACAUCCGCCAGAAGGCCCUGAAGCUGACGGCCAACAGCAUGUACGGCUGUCUCGGUUUUACGUUUUCCCGGUUCUACGCCAAACCUCUGGCCGCCCUCAUCACAGGCAAGGGCAGAGAGAUUUUAUUGAAGACUAAGGACCUUGUGCAAGCGAUGAACCUGGACGUCAUCUACGGAGACACGGACUCCAUCAUGAUCAACUCCAACUGCACCGACCUUGACCAGGUCUUCAAACUGGGGAACAAGGUGAAGUCGGAGGUGAACAAGCUGUACCGGCUGCUGGAGAUCGACAUCGAUGGAGUCUUCAAGUCGAUGCUGUUGCUGAAAAAGAAGAAGUAUGCAGCGCUGAGUGUGAGUCGGUCUGCGGACGGCAAGAUCACCACGUCGGAGGAACUGAAGGGGCUGGACAUCGUCCGGCGGGACUGGUGUGAUUUGUCCAAGGAGGCAGGAAAGUUUGUUGUGAGUCAGAUUCUCUCCGGAGAGACACGAGAGACGCUUGUGGAGACCAUACACGGCAAGCUGAUUGAGGUGGGAGAGAAAGUGGCCAACAACGAAAUCCCUGUAGAGCUGUUCCACAUCACCAAGCAACUGACAAAGAACCCCGAGGAUUACCCGGACAAGAAGAGUCUUCCUCACGUCCAGGUGGCGCUGCGACUCAACAGCAAGGGAGGCAAGCGCAUGCGGGCGGGAGACACCAUCUCCUACAUCAUCUGCCAGGAUGGGUCCAACUUGCCGCCAUCUCAGCGAGCCUACCACCCUGAAGAGCUAGCGAAGGGAGACAACCUUAAAAUAGACACCAAGUACUACCUGGCCCAGCAGGUGCACCCCGUGGUGGCGCGACUCUGUGACCCCAUCGAGGGGACCGACGCUGCCCACCUGGCCCAGUGUCUAGGUCUUGACCCAACGGGCUACCGCCAUCAGACUCAGCACCAUGACAACGACGAUGAUGAUGCUCUCCUGGGAGGAACACAGAUGUCGGAGGAGGAACGCUACAAGGAUUGCGACAGGUUCAAGGUCAAAUGUCCGGCAGCGGACUGCGGAAGGGAAAUAAUCAUGGAUGGUGUUUUUCUUGGAACGGACAGCCCCCUGGAGUGCUCACUGUCCAAGUGCUCCAACCCCCAGUGCAAGAUGGUGCCCAACGAGUACAUCCCCCAGAUUCAGAACAGGCUCGUGCUGGCCAUCAGGAAACACGUCAAGUGUUACUACGAGGGCUGGUUGAAGUGUGAGGAUUCGGCGUGCGGGGCUCGGACACGGAAGACUCCGCUGAUGUUCCAGAGAGGGCAUCCGGUGUGCGGAAUGUGUCACCGGGGGAUCCUGCAGCCCGAGUUCACAGACUCGGCACUGUACACACAGCUGUGUUUCUACCAGUUCAUCUUCGACACAGAGAAGGCCAUCUCACUGCUGCAAGACUCAAAGCCUGGCCAGAAGAACGCUCGAGGGGAGAACGCCGUGGGUGUGUACAAGUCAUCCUACAAGACUCUGAAAGACACUGUCGGCAGCUGGCUCAAGACUAACGCAUAUUCUGAAGUCAAUCUUACAAAACUUUUUGAUGGCCUCUUCGUCCUCAAAUGAAAUAACAACUCGGGAUUAAUAUUUGGUUAGGAUGGCAAGAACUUGGACACUCAACUCAAGCAAUUGUGACCCUUAUGUAAAUGAAGUACUGGAAGGUCAUUUUGUGGAGAAGAGGAUUGUUGUUCUCAGGUGUUGAAAGAGACAGUUGCAUCACACUGUUACAUAAUUUAUGCAUUGAAGUGCUUGUUACGACGGAGCUUGGUGUGUUCAUGUGGAGAUGGAGCAGUAUACAGACUUAUUUACCAUUUGUUGUUGAUCUGUGUGAUCUGAAUUAAUGACUUCCUUCAUAGUGGGAUAGCCCAGUUGGUAAAGCGUUGGCUUGUCAGGAUGAACACCUGGGUUUGAUUCCCAUGUGUGAAACUGAUUCUUGGUUUGCCAUUUGAAUAUCGGUUAAGGCAGCAUCACAGUUACAUCACAGGGAGGAAUGGGGCGGUCGGGUAGCCUACUGGUUAAAGCGUUCGCUCGUCACGCCGACGACCCGGGUUCGAUUCCCGACAUGGGUACAAUGUGUGAAGCCCAUUUCUGGUGUCCCCCGCCAUGAUAUUGCUGGAAUAUUGCUAAAAGCGGCGUAGAACAAUACUCACUCACUCCAGGGAGGAAGAGGUCCAAAACACCUCAUGGACUUCAGGUCAAGGGCACACUCACCUUGAUAUGUGGUGACUGACACUAAUAUUUGAGAAUAAUCAAGUCGACUAGAUAAACCAGUGGUUGAUAGCAUGAGCAUAUGACGACACCAAAUCCUCAUUUUAGUAUCUUCUUUAGACAGCUGUGGUAAUGACACCAUCACAAGAUUAGAGUAGAUAUUUGUAUUUGUGUAAUCAAUGUUUCCUGGCAGAGGCUGUCAAAACAAGGGAGUGUUCGCGUAGAUGUGCCUCUACCCAAUAGUAAUGUCAUAUAAACAAGUGUCCAGGAUUGUGUUAGUCUCUUGGCUGAUGUCGGAACAAUGUGUGAAGUCCAUCUCUGGAUUCCCCAUCUGUUAUAGGACUGGAAUACCACUAAAUCUGGCAUAAAACAAUAUUCACUCACUCAUAGCACAGUCAAUGUACCCCGACGAUACGGAUUGUUUGCUCAUGAAUAUUAAUCACUCGAUUAUCUGGUCCAGGCUUGAUUAUUUACAGGGCACUGGUCAUAUAACGGGAAUAUUGCUGAAUGUGUUAAAUAACAAACUAUGGCUGUUGUAAGUCAGUUUUGUAGUGGCCCCCAGACAAGUUUACAGAUGAGUCAAAUAUUGAUUCAUGUUUCUGAAAGGUUAGAUAACAUAUUUGUACAUUUGCAUGUAAAUAAUUUCUUAUAUUUUAUUGGCCACUAAAAUUAUGUUUGCAUUUAAUGUGAAGCCCUCAUUUGCAGCUAUGAGAUUGUGUAGAUAAUAUAUAGACCGAUCAUUACUUAUAAGAUAUAGACCAAUCAUUGCUUAUAAGAUAUAGACCAAUCAUUGCUUAUGAGAAUGUACACAGCUCGGGUUACACAUUUACACAUCGGUUUAUUUACGUCCAGGGUUUGCUGGAAAUAUUCAGUAUGUAUGGAGAUAUAUUUGAAGGUUUUAAAUGAUGUGGUGGACCAGUUGUCAGCUGGACUAUUGCUAAAACCUCACUGAAUCAAUAAAACUCAUGUUUUGUUAACAUGCAGGUGUAAUCUGUUUAGAUCUAGAUGUUAGUUGAUAUUUGUAAAAUCAGUUGAUAAACUCUGGAAGUCUUAUUGUGACAGUAUUGUGAACACUUUCUGUGAAUCCUUAUUAGACCGGACCCUCUUAAACUGGAAACCCAAUUUUCAGUCUUGGGGAUGUAUUCUUAUGUAUAAAAGAAAAUCCAUCUGUACACAUGGUUUGUUAAUCUGGACAUUCCCCAGAAGUGUACUGGCUGGAAUAAGCAGGUUUCACUGUACGUGGUGCCAGCAAUACAUCAAUUUCUGUGUAUAAUUAUUUGUGAAUAUUCUUUCAUAAACAAAUUCAUUUUUUAUAUGAACUAAAGUAUUUUAUGAAAACAAAUUUUACAUUUAAUACAAAAAAUAGAAUUUAUUCAUUCGUAUUAGACAAUAACACAUGAUCAAGAAUCGGGCAGUGGGGUAGCCUAGUUGUUAAAGCGUUUGCUAGUCUCGCUGGAGGCCUGGGUUCGAUUCCCGACAUGGGUACAAUGUGUAAAGCCCAUUUCUGGUGUCCCCCGCAGUGAUUUUGCUGGAAUAUUGCUAAAAGUGACAUAAAACCCUACUUAGUCAUUAUCAAGAACCUAAAGUUCUUUAUUUGUUUUCCCCAACCAUCAUGUAUCUUGUAUGUAUAUACAUAAUUCAGUAACUUCAAAACAUUGAAAUAAACAACAAUUAAGACUGUU